GUACAUUAUAAAAUAACAAAGCAUUUUUCUUUCUUUUUAUCUCUUUUUCUUACGUAAUUUUCUCUUAAGUGACAUCAUGAAGUUGCAAUGAACCAUUGGCAGAUAGCUCUACCUCAUCUACUUCGGUAUGAACGGCAGUCGUAAGCGAGAAUUCCAAGCGAGCAGAUCGCUUUAACUUGAUAAAAUAAUUAAUCACGUUCAACAUAUUGCAUUGGAUUAUAACCUGAGAGUUGCCUUACACAAUUGUAAACAGUGAUAUUAGCACACAAGCUUUUACGACACUGGUGUUUAACUUUAUUUCGAACAAAAGUGGGUACUCCGAUUAAAUAAAUCGUCUAUUAUGGAAUACUGGACGAUUGCCUUAUCAAUAUUAGCCGUUGUACUCACUAUUUAUUACUACUCGUCUCGCAAAAACUCGAACGAAUUUCAACAACAUGGAAUUCCACAUGCAAAAAAAAAUUCUAUCUUAGGAUGGAUUUGGAAAGUUUUCAUUCGACCAAGAAGCUUCGCCGAAAUUAUUAAAGAAUUAUACGAAGUUCAUUCCGAUGCUAAGUACAUUGGUGCUUUUAAUUUCUCACAACCAAUCGUAAUAAUUCGCGAUCUUGAACUGAUCAAAUCUAUUGCUAUAAAAAAUUUCGACGCAUUCCAAGAUCAUCGUUUCUUUGGCAAUGAAACUCAAGAUCCGCUUUUUGGAACAAAUCUAUUUGCCCUUCGUGGCGACAAAUGGCGCGACAUGAGAGUGCUUCUGAGUCCAGCUUUUACAGCUAGCAAAAUGAAGGCAAUGUUUCAAUUGAUAUCCGAAUGUGGUGUGAAUUUUUCCGAGUACUUGAUGAACGUACCGAUGGAUAAGCGCGUUAUGGAAAUGAAAGACAUAUUCACGAGGUACGCCAAUGACGUGAUAGCCACGUGCGCCUUUGGUAUUAAUGUGGACUCAAUGAGAAAUCCGGAAAACAAUUUUUAUAUGUUUGGCAAAAAAGCGACAAACUUUGGCACAGUUGCUCUUAUAAAAAUCUUGUUGUAUCAACAUAUGCCAUCGCUAAUACGUUUAUUCAACAUUCAAUUAAUAGAUAAUCGUAUUAAUGCAUUCUUUGUAAAUCUGGUAGCUGACACUAUAAGGACUAGAGAGGAAAAAGGCAUUACACGUCCAGAUAUGAUUCAACUGUUGAUGGACAGCAGAGGUAAAAGAGAACCCGAGAGAGAAUUGACCAUUUUGAACAUGACAUCGCAGGCGUUUAUUUUCUUUGUCGCUGGCUUCGAGACCAGCUCGACGUUGAUGAGUUUCGUGGCGCACGAAAUUGCCGUCAAUCCGGAUGUCCAAGAGAAGCUGCAAAAUGAGAUCGACAAGGUUUUAGAAGACACGAACGGUCAUCCAUCUUACGAGGCGAUUAACGAAAUGAAAUAUCUUAAUGCGGUCACCAAUGAGGCUCUCAGAAAAUAUCCACCGCAACCAAUGACUGAUAGAUUAUGCGUGAAGAAUUUCGAGCUGCCUGCGACACUGCCGAACGCAAAACCGUAUCUCGUGAAGGAAGGAACGAUACUCUGGAUACCAUUUUACGCGCUUCAACACGAUUCAAAAUACUUUCCAGAACCGGACAAAUUCAAACCCGAGAGGUUCCUUGACGAUGGAGAUCAGUGUACCUUUGACGCUUAUCAUCCGUUUGGAUUAGGUCCGAGAAUGUGCAUCGGUAACAGAUUCGCACUGAUGGAGACGAGGACUUUGUUGUUUCACCUUCUGGCUCGUUGCCAAUUAAAGCCAUGCGAAAAGACUUCGAUACCUGUGAAGCUGCAGAGAAAGGGAUUCUCAAUGCGAAUCGAAGGCGGUUUUUGGUUGAACAUUGUUCCCAGAGAGAAUCAACAUCGUACGAUUACAGAACCAAACCAGUCGUGUCGAUUCCAGGUUCCAAAGUAACCCAAGGACGCAGUGUUAAAUAUAACUAGUAGUAAGAAUAUUCAAAAUAUAAAAGUCUGCAUGUGUGUGCGCACGCACACACACACACACAUACAAUAUUAAUAAGAAAAAUUAAUAUGCAAACAUUUGCGAGAUAUCAUGUAUGGCAAAUCUAUAAUUUACUUCAAGGACGAAAGCAGUUUUGACAAAAUUUUUUUUUCUAUUGUUAAAAACUAGAGACUAGUCAAAGUUGUAUAUAGACAAUUUAAUGCAAUUUUGUGACUUUGUAUUAAAUUAUUGUUUAUUGAUAUAAAUCACAUUAUAUUAACAGUAAGUAAAACGUGGCAAAUAUAUCUGAAAAUAUUAAAUAAAUCGACAAAUGUAGCAUAUUUUAUCUCUGUUGCAAAUUUAUUAUGCUGAUAACAACAAAGAUAAUAACAGAGAUACUUGUGAUUAGAACACAAAAUACGUUAUUUCAAUAACACUUACGUAAGCGAUGACGAAUCGGUUGCCAUAUUAGAAAGAUUGUCUCGAUGUAGCAAGCAGUUGACCGACAGCUUCCGACACGUAACGUUGUACCUCAAUAUCUCUUUUUGUUAACAGCACGAUAAAUAAAAAUAUUCAAGAAACAAACUGAUUACAA